AUGUCUCUUAAAGGCAAAAUUUUAUUUAUCACUGGUGCUUCUCGUGGGAUCGGUCUUGCGAUAGCCUUGAAGGCUGCAAAAGACGGAGGGUGCAUUGCUAUAGCUGCCAAGACAGAUAUUCCAAAUCCAAAGCUUCCUGGAACUAUUCAUUCGGCAGCAGAUGAGAUUAGACGUGCGGGUGGAAAGGCUCUUCCCUUAGUAUGUGAUAUUCGUAAUGAAGAAGCGAUUAAAGCAGCUAUUCAAAAAACUGUAGACACUUUUGGAGGGAUUGACAUAGUCGUUAACAAUGCCUCUGCAAUAUCCCUCACUGACACCCAAGAAACCUCUCUUAAAAAAUAUAACCUUAUGUACGAAAUUAACUCGCGUGGAACCUGGUUAGUGACUAAGCAUGCAAUUCCACAUCUUAUUGAAAGUGGACGAAAAAAUAGAAAUCCGCACAUUUUGAAUCUUAGCCCACCGCUUACGUUAAAAGAGCAUUGGUUUAAAAACCACUCUGCUUAUACGACAGCGAAAUUUAACAUGUCGCUUUUCAUAUUG